UGCACCCAGUUUUUACCUUCUUUUGCUCCUUUUUGGCCGUCUCGGUUCCUGCCUCCCCCUGCGGGGCUGCGCUCAGUCAUCUGCAGCAUCGUGCUGAAGAAGUGAGGGUCUGCAGUUUGGGUUAAACCAGCGUGUCUGGAAACUGGGAAAAACGCACCAGCGCUGUGUGUGUGGCCAAGGCCGGGGCCAUCCCCGUCCCCAUCAAGGGCUCAGCAGCCCGCUGCGGCGGCGGCUGGCCUCGGGGAGGUGCUUGAGAACUUUAAAGGCCAGUAGAAACGGGUAAUAAUUUUGCUAGCAAAAAACAUUCCAAGCAAAAAGCGUUCCAAGGGUGUGGAUUUGGAAGUAAAAUGAUCUUCUAAGAACUGCUUUUUUUUGUGCCAAGCUGCAGAUUGCGCAGAGUCCUGUGUUGGUUGAACUGAGAAAGAAACAAAGAAUCGGCAGUAGCAGAUGUUACAGACAAAUUCACAGAAAGCAUGUAUGUCCUGGCCAAUGAGCCAUCCGUGGCGCUGUACCGGCUCCAGGAGCACGUGAGGAGAUCCCUUCCAGAGCUUGCACAGCACAAGUCCGACAUGCAGAGCUGGGAGGAGCAAAGUCAAGGAGCGAUCUACACUGUGGAGUACGCCUGCAGUGCCAUAAAGAACAUGACCGACAGCAGCGUGUAUUUCAAGAGCAUUGACAGUCUGCUCAAACACGCCAUAGCCAUGAAGGAUCAGCUGAACUCUGCUCAGGGCCGCAGUACUGUUGCCCAGCAAGCCAAGAAUCCUCCAGCCAGCUCCUGAUUUCAGACAAGACUGGCCAUCCUCUGCCUUGUCCUCAGCCCAGCUGUGUGUCCUCCGACCACUUGGAGGAGGGAGAAACCUGCUCAAUCUGUGAAACUGCACAGAUGCCUCUGCCUGCCUCUCCAUUUCAAAUACCAAGGUGCUGUACCUGAGCAGGUAAAUCCUGCCGCUGGGAUCAGGCCUGCCUUUGGGGAUGCUUUAGGGAGCAGCUCCGUCCUUCUCUGGAGCCCUUUGCAAAAGGGAGAUGGGAUUGUUCUGCAUUUGUCCUUUCCUGUUCUUUUUUGAUGGUGGUCUGUUAUGAGGCAUUUUUCUGUCUACCUCUUGGUUACAGAAACAUCUCAGAAAAACUAGGUCUUGCUUUCAGUAUUUUGUAGAGGACUAUGUAAGAAAAAAAAAAAAAAA